AACAAAAAGCUCAAGAAGAAAUAUCAAAAACUGAUUCGGAAGAUGUGGUCGAGUGUCUUGAGUGUUUUGGGUCUUGUGGUGUGCCUUGUUGUUGGUACUUAUUUUUAUAUUGCUCGGAAGGAGGAAGCUAACAAGUGGAAGAUUAAAGUUGUAAAAGUUGAGGAGGAACAACAUGAUAUUAAUGAUAAUGAUGAGAAGAUUGGUGGAGAAAAUACUGGGAUUCCGAGUGAGGACAAUAAGGAGGCUAAACCAAUUUUUAAAACACCUCAACCAAAGCCUAUUAAGGAGUUGUUGUUUUGGAAUACUGUGGAGAGUAUUGCUUAUAAUUUCAUGACUCCUGAACAUCCUGCUGUGGUUGUUCACAAACAAGCUGUUCUCAAGCAUAAUUAUCAACCAUUAUUGGGAUAUUUAAUGUCAUUCCCAUAUGUUGUCUUUUCAACUCCUAGUGCUGCAAGAGUAUUGACAAUGAAUUGGAGAGAAAUUGAAAAGGAAAAUACCAGAUUAUUCUCACCAGAUAUUCACAAAUUUAUGGGACUUAACUUAGUGUUUGCAAAUGGAGAUGAAUGGAAAAGGCAAAGAACUGUUGUAAAUCCUGCCUUUAAAGACAUUUCAAGAUUUAUGGGAGCAUUUGUUAAGAAUGCAUUCAAAGCUGUACAAGUUUUUUCUGAAUUGAACCAGAGUGGAAAGGAACUCAUUGUUGAUCCUUCGGACAUGACUGGAAGAUUAGCUCUAGAUGUUUUGGGCAUGACAGUUUUUGGAGUCAAUUUCAAUACCAUUAGUGCAUUGUCUCCAUUACAUACCAAGACAAAUGAAUCUGAAAAGGUUGCCAAAGCUCUCAAAUCCUACCAAUAUGUUAUGGAUAAUAUUGCCAAUCCAGUUCGAUUCCUUGCUGGUAAAUAUUUUGCUGAUUGGAAUAUAGAAUCAAAUAUCAAGAUGAAUAAUAAUAUUGCAGCUUUCCAAUCAUUCCUCGAUGAAUUAAUUGAAGAUUGUAAAAAUAAGAAGGAUUAUCAAAAUAAUACCCUUCUCAAAAUGAUGGUUGACUCUGUUGAUGAGGAAGGAAAUGGAAUGUCUAUUCAAGAUAUCAAGAAUAAUACCUCAGUCUUUUUCCUUGCAGGAACUGAGACUACGGCUGCUGCUUUGGCAUUCAUCUUUUAUUCAUUGGCAACCAAUCCAAGAGUUCAAGAAAAGCUAUAUCAAGAAAUUAUUGAAACAUUCCCAUUGGAUCAAGAUGAAACUCAAUUCAAUAAUUAUGAAAAGGUGAAAGAUAUGAAAUAUUUAGAUGCUGUCUUGAAAGAAAAUCUCAGAUUAUUCCCUCCAGUUCCUCAACUUCCUUUAAGAAUCUUGAAUUCUACCACUGUCAUUGAUGGCUACAAGAUACCAAAAGGAUUUGCUGUCAAUUUGAGUGUGUACAGCGUUCACAGGCAUCCAGAAGUCUGGGGAGAAGAUGCUGAGGAAUUUAAACCAGAGAGAUUCUUGGAAAAGAGAUAUCCUUCCUUUGCUUGGAUUCCAUUUGGUUCAGGUGCUCGUAAAUGCAUUGGUAAUCAAUUUUCGAUGAUGGAACAAAAAACAUUUGUCAUUGCGUUAUUGAGAAAAUACAAGAUUGAAUUGGAGAGACCAGACCAAGUUCUCAAACUAAACAAAUUGAGACCGAAUAUGUCACCAGAUAGUUCUAACAAGUAUAGACUUGUGGAAAGAAAAUGAACUCAAUGUAAAUAAAG